AUGGAGGGUACACUUUUAAAAUGGACUAACUAUUACAAUGGAUGGCAACCACGUUAUUUUGUUUUGAAUGAAAAUGGUAUUCUUUCUUAUUAUAAAUCACAUGAAUUAAUUCAUGAAGGUUGUAAAGGUUCAUGUUUAGUUCUUGCUUGUGAAGUUAAAGCUCAUCCAAAUGAUUCACUUCGUUUUGAUUUAAUAAUUCCUGGUGAACAAUUUUUUUGUUUAAAAGCUAAAACACAACAAGAACGACAACAUUGGCUAGUUGCAUUGGGUUCAUGUAAAUCUCGAGGAACUAAAUCAACUACAACAACGACAACAAUAACAUCGAAUAAUAAUAAUAAUAAUACAUCUACAUUAAUUUCUCAUUUAAGUGCAAUCGAUCAUGAUCUUAAAUUAAAAGUGCAAGAAUUACGACUCUAUGAAACUGUUCUUAUGCAACGUAUUCAUGCAAUAAAAUCUAUUGUAAAUGAUACACCAACACCAAAUGUUAAAGAUUUAGAUAAAACAAGUUCAAUGUUGAGUAUUACUUGUGAUGCAUUUAUCCAAACUCUUGAUGAAUGUGUUAAAUUAGCAACAAAUGAUUCCACUAAUUCAUUAUCACAACGAAAACUAUCCGAUGAAUUUAAUUCAACGAAAAGUUUAAAUGCAAUUUCUAUUUUACCAAAACAAAUGAUAUAUCGUACAUUCUUUUCUGAACUUCAUCUAAAAUUUUCCGCACUAAGUUCUUUAUCAUUUAACGAAAUUCCUUCUGAAUUAUUCCUUUCAACAUGUGAACAAUAUUGUAAUUUAAUUGGUACAUGUCGUUCAGAUGCAAAUAAAUGUAUCAAUAUACUUCGAAAAAAAAUGUCUAAUGAUUCAAAUCAAUUUCCAACUUUGUUUUCGAUUAUUAACAAUGAAAUCAUUUCACAAAUAACAAAAGAAAAGGAUUCUGCAACAAAUGCACUUCUUUGGCUUAAAAGGAAUAUGCAUUUUCUUGCAUGUUUUAUACAUGAAUUUGGUCAAGGUGAUAAAACUGUUGAAGAUGCUAUGAACAAAGCUUAUAGACAAAUAUUAAAAUCUUUUCAUACUUGGACUACACGUGGAGUUUAUUCAUUAGCUAUUCAGUCAGUUCCUAAUAAUGAAGAUUUUUUUAUUUCUCUUACUAUUGAUAGAAAUGAUGCUCAAGAUAUUUUAUUUGAACGACAAGUUUUAAACGAAAUGCUCGAACAUAGUACACAUAUGUUCAUUGUUUUAAAUAAAAUAAACGAUUUUUAUAUUCAAUAUAAACUUGAAUCGGACGAAAUUAUUGACUAA